AUAAAAGAGCCCUGAGGAGGCAACUGAAGUUUGGCCGCCGCCGCCGCUGCUGCUGCUGCUGCUACUCCUGCUAAGCCAGACGGCUCUUGCGGCGGCGGCUGCGUCUCCUUCGUGGCUUCCUCUCAGAAGGAGCGGCGGUUCGCGCCCGGUGCAGCCGGCAGCCCAGCACAGCCGCUCUUCUUCCGCAGGGGGAGGAGAGCGCAGGCAGCGGAGGAGCGCCCAGAGGGUGGGGUGGGGGGGGCCGGAGGGAAGAGCCGCGGCUGCUGGAUUCCCUCGGGCGCGCGUGUGCGCGCGGCUCGCAGCCGGAGAGAAGCCAGGAGCGAGCGGCUCAUUCAUUGCUGCGGCCGGCCCGGAGGAAGAGCCCCGCAACGACCCGCAGGCGAAUCUCGCCGGGCUGCAUUUUUUGCGGACGGAAGGAGGGUUUGUUUGGGGGUUUUUUUUUUUCUGAUCCCGCUUUCCCUUCGAUUCGGCCCAAUCCGUGAAUGCCAGCUCGAAACCCCCGCGGCGUUUCGGAAGACCGGCGGGCUGGCUGGCUGGGAGUUUUGGGGUGGAGACGCGCGAGCCUUCCUCCGUCGUCUUGACUUCAUGAGAAAAACAUCUGGUAGCCAAGAAGGGAGCUUUUCCCUGUGAACCCAACCUCAAGGAUGCCCUGGAAUGUCAAAUUGUUGAAUAGCUGCAACAGCCACAGCUCCCAGUCUCAGAAACAAUGCAAGAAAUCCUCUUUUGCUUUCUAUCAAGCUGUGAGAGACCAGCUACCAGUAUGGCUCUUGGAAGACAUGAGGCGCAUGGAGGCUUUCCACUGGCAAGAAGGAGGCAAAGUCAGCACAUAUUCACCUUCAGAGGCAUUGCUGUAUGCCCUGGUACACAACCACCAGCCUUAUGCCCGAUAUUUACUGAACCAAUUUCCUAAAAGUGCCCUUGCAAUACCGAGCCUUCAUUUCAGCUGCUGCCACUCUUCAGCUCCUCACUUAGCUAUGGCUGUCCGGUACAAUCGUAUCCAUGUCCUAGUAGAGAUUCUGAAGGCCAUCAAAAACUUUCCAGUAAGCGACCGAGCUACCUAUUUGGAUCGCCGAGGUUGCAGUCGAGUAGAAGGUGGCAAAACAGCCCUUCAUGUGGCUUGUGAACUGGCAAGGCCGGAGUGUUUGCUUUUGUUGCUGGGACAUGGAGCCUUACCUUGCCUUCGUGACUGUGCUGGGAACACACCUCUAGACCUACUUCUACAACAAAUUUGGGAGAGUCCAGCAUCAAAUCUCUGCACCAAGCUUCUCCUUCUGGACUCACUCUUGCUCUUCAUGCCUACAGGCUUCCAUUUUGCCAUGAAACAGCAGCUGCGGGAAGACCAGCAACCAUGGCAGGACCUUCUGGGUGAUAACCGAUAUCAAUGGUUGGCUGGUUUUGCUCCUUUCUCUCUCUUUGUUAGAUCCAUGCAAGUUUUAAUUGGAAGCAUUUCACGUGAACAUUUCCCAGAAGCUCUAGAUGGUCUACCUUUGCCGCAUUUUCUGAAACCUUUGGACCUGAAGUUGAAGGGCUAAGAUUAUAAGCUAGAGACCCCCUUCUCUCACUUUGACUCCCUCUCUCCCUUACCUUUCAAUUGCUGCUUGUGUGAUGAAAAUAGGUUGUGUGGAGAACCAUGUGCUGAAAAUGAAAUCUGUGUGGGAGAAGGAGAAGCACUUGUUUUAAUUAGAGACUUUUUUUGCAAAGA